AUGCUAUUCCCCGAGGAGCACACUGCUCAUUUGAAGACAUGGAUCGUUACACGACUCGAGAAUACAUCUGAUGCCGAUCCCGACGUACUCGCCGACUAUGUCCUAGCUCUCUUACGCCACGAUGGUGACAUCAACGGCGUGCGCAGGCUCUGCGAGGAGGAAAUGCCAGAUUUCCUCAAAGAAGACUCGCCCGUUUUUGUAAAUGACGUCUUUGAAGCACUCGCCUACCGAUCCUACCUCCCCGGCGCCCCUCCCCCGCCUCCGAAGCACGCUGCACUGCCGGCCCCCACCGCUGCUGGCCAAUUCCCCCCGAGCUUGUACUACGAUGACGAUCAGAUGACCGCAGCCCCGGCGUACUCGGCGCGCUUUCAGAAUGGGUCGAGGAAGCGAGCGUACAACGAUUGGGACGACCCAAUGGCGCAGAGCGGGAGGGAUGCUGGGUUUGGUGGGAGGGCGUUCAAGCAACCUCGCCGAGGAGCUCGAGGGCCGCGAUCUGAUGAUCCGAAUACCUUCGGAGGCGGCCCGCCAGGAAUGCCUCCUUACCCUAUACCGGGACAGUUACCACCGCAGGGCCCUCCCGGCCCGGCAACAGUUGGGUAUUUCGACCCCAAGGGCGCGAUGGAUGCUAUGUUCGGAAUGAACUUGGCCGCCGGCCAUCCGAUGCCGGAACUGUUGCGAGGCCAAUUCCCCGCCAAGAAGAGAAAGAAGUGCCGCGAUUGGGAGAAGAAGGGAUAUUGCCCUCGUGGGACGAACUGUAUGUUUGCGCAUAGCAACGAUCCCGGCUACCCUCCUUUGCCCGGGUCCCAGUUCGGCGGCAUGCAGGGGCUGUCACAACCUCCGCCGGUAGAAGGUAUGGCAGGAAUUCCCGUGAUUUGGGGCGCGAAGCCUGCUGACCAGCUCGCAGAGUACGACCCUGCUAACGCUCUUAUGCCCGACCUUUUCAACGGACCAGGUCCGUUUCAGGGGCAGCCACCCAUCCUCGAUUUCAACCAACCACCAAGACACAAGGGCGGCAAGCAUCAGAACCGCCCGAGGCGGGGUGAGAGAGCGCCAUUCUCGGCGGAUGGACCGAUUUUCGACCGGACAAAGUCGACGAUAGUGGUAGAAAACAUCCCGGAGCAGAAUUUUACUGAAGACCAGGUCAAGAACUUCUUCUCUCAGUUCGGCAACAUUCAGGAAAUCUCUAUGCAGCCAUACAAGAGGCUAGCUGUUAUCAAGUUCGACAACUGGAACGCCGCCAACGCAGCCUACCAAUCACCGAAGGUCAUGUUUGAUAACCGGUUUGUUAAGGUCUUCUGGUACAAAGAUGAGGGGUCGAAACAAUCGGCCUCGACACCCUUCGCGGGAGGUGCGCCAGGCGCGAAGAAGCCACGGCACACGCAUGGCUUAUCCACGGCUGACGGUCACGAUGCUGGUUCUCAGCCAGAGAUGGACAUGGAGGAGUUCGCUAGGCAGCAAGAAGAGAAGCAAAAAGCGUUCUUGGAGAAGACCAAGAAGAGAGAGGAACUAGAGCGCCAGCGCGAGGAGCUCGAGAAGCGUCAGAAGGAGCUUGUCGCGAAGCAGCUGAAGGAGAAGGCAAAACUGGACGCCAAACUCGGGGGUCACAACGGUGUCAAAUCGGAAGAUGGCGAAAGUGACUCGAACAAACCCAUGAGCCAGAGUGAAGCCCUCCGAGCGCAACUAGCCGCGUUGGAGGCGGAGGCACGGCAGAUGGGGCUCGAUCCGGACGUUAUUGACGCACCAGCACCAUGGCCCCCUAGGGGUGGUUACGGACGGGGUAGAGGCAGUUGGCGAGGAUCAUCAUCUCCAUACACGCCGCGGGGGUCGCACCGGGGCAGCUACCGCGGCCGGACUAACGUCCAUGCUGCAUAUGCCGCCUAUUCGCUCGAUAACCGCCCCAAAAAAGUAGUCCUCACCGGAAUGGAUUUUACUGCGUCCGAUAAGGAUGAGACGCUGCGGCAGUACCUUUUCGGCAUCGGCGAGUUCACCGACAUCCAAACCACCCCCACCUCCGCCGAGAUUACCUUCAAAGACCGCAAAACCGCCGAGAAAUUCUUCAACUCAGUCCUCCUCGCCAACAAAGAAAUCCCCGGCCUUGACGCCCCCUCCCUGGACCUCGCCUGGGCCGGCGCCAACGGCUCGUCCGCUCCCGGCUCCCCGGGUACAACCCAAGGCAAGAUCGGCGGCAACGCGAACAGCAAACGCGAUAAAACGACAACGACAAUCUUUAAUGGUCACGGCCAAGACCACGAGAGUGAUGAUGGGGACGGGGACGAGGACGAGGACGCGGCGGGUGCGACAGCAGGGAUCGAUAGCAGCGAUAAGGACGUGCACAUUCUGCUGGAGCGGCCGCCGGGUGACGACGACGACGACGAUCAACACCACCACCAUCACCACCACCACAGCACCCAGCAGCAGCAGCGGGAUCAGAUGGACUAUGAGGUAGCGGACGAGGAGCAGUGGGGGUAUUAG